AUAAGAGGUGGGGGAGUGCAGAGAAACGCCCUGAGCUGAGGGGCCUUGUGGAAACGCCAGCAAGUCAACUGAGCAGUCCACAGAAAUCCCCGAACCCUCUUGGUCCACGCUGGUGUCCAAAGAGCUCUUUGCGUAGAGACCGCAGCCUCAAGGGCUCUCACCAUGGCUGGGCUGAAAACAGCCAGUGGGGAAUACAUUGAUGACUCUUGGGAGCUCAGAGCCUUUGUGGAAGAUCUGGGACCCGAAGCUGACCCAGUCACCCUCCGGGUCACCGGCAACAUGCAUAUCGGCGGCAUAAUGCUGCAGAUUGUGGAUAAAUUAAAGCUUCAGAGGGACUGGUCAGAUCAUGCCCUGUGGUGGGAGCAGAAGAAACUUUGGCUGCUGAAGACCAACUGGAGCCUGGAUAAAUACGGGAUCUUGGCUGAUGCCAAACUUCAGUUCACUCCCCAGCACAAGCCUAUACUCCUUUCCCUACCGAAUCGCUGCAAAGUCAGGAUCCGGGCAAACUUUGCCCAGCCAGUCUUUCGCACAGUUGCUGACCUCUGCAAGAUACUUGGUAUCCGUCACUAUGAAGAGCUGUCGUUACUGCGCGCGCCGGAGGAGAAGGAGAAGCGGAAGCAGAAGGACAAAGAGAGGAGCUCUGUAGCAAGCCAUGACCUGACUGGGGUGCGCUUGCCAGCAAGUGCAGAGCAGCAGCUGUUCCGCGGCAUGCCGGCUCACUUCUCGGACAGUGCCGAAACCGAGGCCUGCUACAGGAUGCUGUCGGUCAGUCAGACUGGACUGACACCCGAUCAGAUCUUGCAGAUGCACCGGCCAGGCUCCCUCUCCGAGAAGACGCAGAUCAACAGCAGGUGGCUGGACUCGUCGCGGACUUUGCUGCAGCAAGAAGUGAAAGAAAACGAUUGUUUGUGGCUACGUUUCAAAUAUUAUAGCUUCUUUGACCUGGAGCCCAAGUAUGAUGCUGUGAGGAUCAACCAGCUGUAUGAACAGGCGCGUUGGGCCGUGCUAUUAGAGGAGACAGAUUGCACCGAGGAAGAGAUGGUGGUGUUUGCGGCUCUGCAGUAUCAUAUCAACGAAUUGUCUUUGAACACCAAUCCCGUGGAGCAGUCUGGCGACUCUGGCCUUGACGACCUGGACAAGGCCCUCGCCACCUUGGAGGUCAAACUGGAAGGUUCGUCAGCAGCUCCCAACGUUCUGGACAGUCUCACAGUUAUCCCAGAGUUAAAGGAUUAUCUCCGAAUAUUCAGGCCCCGUAAGCUGACUCUGAAGGGCUACAAGCAGUACUGGGUGAUCUUCAAAGAGACCUCCAUCUCCUACUACAAGAGUCCUGAAGAAGCUCUGGGAGAACCUGUGCAGCAACUCAGCCUCAAAGGCUGUGAGGUGGUGCCGGACGUCAACAUCUCUGGCCAGAAAUUUUGCAUCAAGCUCUUGGUACCUUCCCCCGACGGGAUGAGCGAAGUACACUUGCGAUGUUCGGAUGAGCAGCAAUAUGCGCGUUGGAUGGCAGGUUGUAGGUUGGCAGCGAAGGGGAAGACCAUGGCAGACUCAUCCUACCAGGCCGAGGUGGAGAACAUCCUGUCCUUUCUGAAGCUGCAGCAAACCAACCCGGAUGCCCGUCUUGCCCAGCAGGCCGAGGGAGCCCAGUGGCUCGUGUCUCCUCGCUACCAGAAGAAAUUCAAACCAAAGCAGUUAACCCCUCGCAUCCUGGAGGCCUACCAGAAUGUGGCCCAGUUGUCGCUCCCUGAUGCCAAGAUGAAGUUUAUUCAAGUUUGGCAGUCGCUUCCCGAUUUUGGUAUCUCUUAUUUUGUAGUCAGGUUCAAGGGCAGCCGGAAGGACGAAAUCUUGGGCAUCGCCAACAACCGCUUGAUCCGCAUUGACCUGGCCGUUGGAGACGUGGUGAAGACCUGGCGGUUCAGCAAUAUGCGCCAGUGGAACGUCAACUGGGAUAUCCGGCAGGUGGCCAUAGAGUUUGAUGAGCACAUCAACGUGGCCUUCAGCUGCAUUUCUGCUGGCUGCAAGAUCGUGCAUGAGUACAUUGGCGGGUACAUCUUCUUGUCCACCCGCGCAAAUGACAGGAGCCAGACGCUGGAUGAAGAACUCUUCCACAAGCUGACGGGAGGCCAUGAAGCUCUCUGACCUUCUUCCACACCCUAGGGCUCCCCCAGAAACCGUGCACACUAGGCCAGUCUCUUUGUGGAGGCGUCUGAGCAGAGACUCUUAACCUGGGUCAAUUGUGCCCUAUAAGGGCUUGGGAAUACUUACUGGGCGUGAUAAAUAUUUCCCAAUAGGAGCAUAGGAGCAGAGAUCUGCAGGAAUUGUAUUCUAAGGAGUGUGGCAAUCGGCGUGCUUGUGGUAGAGAGGGAGGGAUGUCUUGUCGUGCCUUUUUCUUGGGGGGGGGAUGCACAAAUUCCUGGAACCAGCCUACGCACCCCAAAUCUAUUAUCUGCCCUUUUGUAUUAUCUCAGGAUGACUAUAGCCUGCAGAACCUUGCCAGUCC